AUGUCAGGAAGAAGUAUUUUCGGUCUCUUUGGCGAAGGUUUGAAAUCAUUCGGUUCAUCAUUACAUAAAACCGGUUGCAAAAUGCAAGGUGACUAUGGUUAUGUUGAAAAAUUAAACAGACACACUAGAAUCACUCCAUUCAACGAUACCCUCCCAACUCUUGGUAAAAACUCAUUCAUUGCACCAAAUGCUUCAGUUAUUGGUGAUGUUAUUGUUGGUGACAAUUCAGGUAUUUGGUAUAAUACCGUUUUAAGAGGUGAUGUUAACUCAAUUCAUAUUGGUAAUAACUCAUUUAUUGGUGAUCGUUGUGUUGUUCACUGUGCCUCAGAUGGUCCAGUUGGCGCACAAGCCACCCAAAUUGGUGAUAAAGUUUAUGUUGGUCCAGGUUCAAUUAUUCACGCCGCUACCAUUCAAGAUGAAGCAUAUAUUGGCACUGGUUCAAUCGUUCUCGAUGGUUCAGUCAUCCAAAAGAACGGCUUUUUAGAAUCAGGUUCACUUUUAACUGGUAAAACUGUUAAAACUGGUGAAGUUUGGGGUGGAAGUCCAGCCAAAUUCAUUCGUGCUGCCACCAAAGAAGAUGAAGCUAGACUCGAAAAAAUUAUCUCUGAUAACCUCAAUCUUUCAGAACAACACGAAAAACAAACUUCAAAAUCUGCUAAACAAUUAAAUGAUGAACUUUUAAUCAAAUAUACUGAAAAUAGAACUAAAAAUGAAAAUGUUUUAAAUACUCAAAGUCAAAUUUAAAAUUUUUUAUAAAUAAUAAUAAUAAUAAUAAUAAUAAUAAUAAUAAUAUGGCAAUAAUUAAAAAAUAAAUAAUCCAAAUAUAUAAUAGUAAUUUUAACAAUACAAAACAACAAACACAAACACAAACAAACACAAACCCAACACAAAAAAAAAAUUUAAAUCAUAAUAUAAAUUAUAAUGAUAAAACAAUUGUAAUUUAAUUAUAAUAAAAAAAAAAAUUUAAAAUUUAAAAUUAAACAGUGAUGCACUU